AAGGUUUCUUGUAAAUCUCAGUUAUCUUUGUCUAAUGUCUUCCAUAAUGUCUACAGUGAAUGAUUUGGUUUCUUAGUACUUGUCAAUCAUUAAGAUCCAUUUACCUGCAUGCAAGAUAUUGCAAGAUGGGUUGAAAAUGGGGUUGAGGUCUUUAUUCUUGUUGACAUUAGACAUGUAAUAGACCUGUUCUCUUUUUGGACUGAGAUCUUAUUGAAAGAUUUUAUUUCAAAUUAAAUGGGUGGAUCACUAACGCCUCCGAUUAAGUCUAACUGUGGCAACUGCAACAUUUUCACAAAAGUGAUCUGAGAAAAAUUGAAACGACGACGCGCCUCCUUUCGAUUCAGGACUACAUUUCCCAGGUUUCAGUGCGCCCCGUCGGAAGCGAAUGAUCCAAAAUCGGAGGGUGUGCUUUGGCAGUGCCAUAAGGAAACUGCGGGCAAAUAACAGGAGUAAAUAUGAACAGUUAUGUUGUUAAAAUACGGCGAAAACAGUAACUAAUAUGUUCUGAAGGCGUGUAACUUAUUUAGAUAGUAGCACCUCUGCGUUCUGAAUACAGGAAACCAUGGGUGUUCAUGGACUCACGAGUUACAUUGAAGAAAACGGCAAGCAGUUCUUUAAGGACCUGAAGUUAAGAAACACCACACUUGUAAUUGAUGGAUGCAGCUUGUUCUUCAGAUUGUACUUCACCUCAGGCUUGGACCAGCAGCACGGGGGAGACUAUGAAUCCUUCGCCAACCUCAUCCAACAAUUCUUUGAGGCCCUUUCCAUGUGCAACAUACGCCCCUUUGUCUUGCUGGAUGGGGGGAUUGAUUACACAAACAAGAAAUUUCCAACGCUAGUACAGCGAGCCCAGAAAAAGAUCAAAGAAGCUGACGCUCUGUCAAGGGGGUCUCACGGUUCAAUCUUACCGCUCCUCACCAGACAGGUGUUCAAACAGGUGCUGUACAGCCUUCAUGUCCCCUUCAUCCAGUGUGUAGCUGAGGCUGAUUGGGAGAUUGCCUGCUUGGCCAACCAGUGGAACUGUGCAGUGCUAACCAUGGACAGCGACUUCUAUAUCUUCGAUUUGAAGGGUGGCUACCUCCCCUUUGCAUUCUUUCAGUGGCAAAACGUUGGUAUGUGCCAGAAGACCUCGGAGAGGUACAUUCCAGCCUCACAUUUCUCCAUCAACAAGUUUUGCUCCCGCUUCCAUCACAUGAACAAAGAGCUGCUCCCUCUCUUUGCGGUGAUGGCUGGCAAUGACUACACCAGCCCAGGGUCCAUGGAUAAGUUUUUCAGCCGGGUUGUCUUCUCCCAAGUGGCCCAGCCUGCACACAGCAGGACACACGCCCGCAUCGAUGGCCUGCUCCAUUGGCUGUCCCAGUUCUCUGGGCCGCAGAAAGCGAUGGACGCAGUUCUUCAGAUUCUCGGGAAUAGUGAUCCCAGUAUCAACCGGGACCUGCUGUCCUCCGGGGUGCAGGAGUACAAACUGUCCCACAGUAACCUGGCGCGGUACUUCACACACGGAGCUGCGGUGACCAACCUCCCAGAGCCUGUGAGACACUUGCCGGAAUGGCUCCUGGCUGGACUGACCAGCGGCCGCUUGCCCUCCUUCAUCCUCAACGUCCUGGUGCUGCAGAGGAGCUUGCUGAUAGUGCAGGUGGAGAACUGCCGGCUUCCCAGCAGCCACACAACCUCCCUGCCAAUCCGCCAGGUCCUCUACGGGCUGCUUCUGGAUGGGAAUAGGAAGCUUCUCCAAGGGCACGGCAGCAAGCAGAGAAAGUCCACUAACCCAACUGAGGGCAGCCCGCUCUACCGCGUGCAGGAGUUUGACAGGCACGGUCUCAACUUGAGGGGAUCCCCUGUACAGGCUGUUCUCCCAAGAGGCAUCCAACAGCUGUCUCUGGACAAACUGAAUGAGGUGCCUUUACCUGUCCGACUCCAGGUUCUCCUGGAGACUCUGGGAGUAGACGAGUUCAUUGCCACAGCUCUCCCUCCUCACCUCAGCUUACCUGUGUGUGUUACCUGCUACUGGAUAACCAGCUCUGAGCCUAAACCUAACCUGCAGAUGGUCCAGGCUCUGCUGCUGGGCAUUGUGUAUGGAGAACUCUGCAGACUUGGAGGCAGCCAGAGAGGGCCAGCGGCUGGGUAUCCAGGAGUGAGGGCAGUCUGUGAUAGGCUGGGCAGGCUACGGGUCAGAGCGAAUGAGAGGAGAGGGCCUGAUUUGGACGUGGCUCAUGCUUACAGCCAGUGGCAGUCCUGCCUGUGGAUGAGCAUCUACCUGAACCAGCUGCUCUGCUGUCCACUUCCAGAGCCAGAGUGUGCCUGGCUGUACGGUGGGACAUUUGUGCACGGUGCCGUGAAGGAGAUGAAGGGGGGCAGUACCCCAGAGGUUCUGCUGACGGGAGCCCCCUUUCCUGCACAGCUCUACAGCGCCAUCCAAGGGGCAAUGUGGCACUCUGUGGGUGCUGACUUCUUUGCCCCCUCCUCCACAAAGAAGAGAAGAGGACGGAGGCCAAAUAAGCGGGGCAGAGCCCCACGUGCCCAAGGUGUGGUCAACAGGUUCGCUCUGUUAACAUGCGAGGAUGACGAUGCUGAUGAAGAGUAGGCAGCACUCAGUGCCCAUUUUUAAAGUUGCAGGCUUAGGCGAAGACAUUGUGGCAUUCCAUGUGUAAUUACAGCUCAGGAAUUGCUUGCCCAUUUGAAUUGCUUGCCCAUUUGCACUGUGUCUAAAAAUAUAUUUUAAUAGCACAGCUGGAUUUUUUAAACUUUUGCAAUGUAUUCAAAUCAUCAAAUUCUUUUUAAUGCACAUACAUUUCCUUAUGUGUAUAUUUCUAUUUAUAGAGGUCGUAUUUUAAAGCCUUAAUUAUUGUAAACACAAUAUGCGGCAGCUAAGUGCAUAGAGAGGAGAUCCCUUGAAAUACACUUGUUUAAAAAAGGAUAUUGUAAAAGUGAAUGAAUGACCAAAUAUCUUUUUGAUAAUGUACAGCUGACAAAAGGUAAAAUAGGCUCAAAUAGGUGUGGAGGAUAUGAACAGCUUGUUUUUAUCACUUGUAUUUUUAGACUGUAUUUGUGCUUUGCAGUUGGAGACUGAAGUAUCUUUCAUUUUUGAAAGUUCCAGCUUAGCUUUGUAUUUGAAUGCAUUAUGUACUGGCAGCACAAAUAAAAUUGAGCAUAGCAAUGCAAACAAUAUGAGUCAAUUUAUAUGGUGAUACUACAUGCUGCCAGUCUUCACUGCCAUUUGUACCACUGCAGUGGUGCAACGAGCACCAUCUAAUUUCUAGAAAAAAACAAUAUAGCUUUAUGUUCUAGCCAAUAAAUAUUUGUUGAUGCUGCAUUUGGGUAAGUUAAAAACUGUCCCUCAUGACAAAGAGGUUUUCACUCAAACGUUUGCAUGAAAUGCACUGUGAUACAUCUCACCACAAAUAUAUUUCCCCUGCAUACUGUAUUGAUGCGAAUUAACUGUAAAUAAAAGCUUGAUUUAUAUUGCUUUA